CUGGUCCGGUACAUUUGUAAGCAGCGGCAGUGCAAGCUGAGCAUGUCUCCUAGCGAGAGGACCCCAGAGCUCAACAGCUACCCCCGCUUCAGUGACUGGCUGUACAUCUUCAACGUGAGGCCAGAGGUGGUGCAGGAGAUCCCGCACGCGCUCACGCUGGAUGCCCUGCUGGAGAUGAACGAGGCCAAGGUGAAGGAGACGCUGCGGCGCUGUGGCGCCAGUGCUGAGGAGUGUGGCCGCCUACAGUGUGCCCUCACCUGCCUGCGGAAGGUGACAGGCCUGGGAGGGGAGCACAAAGAGGACUCGGGCUGGAGUUCAUUGGACACUCGGCGGGAAAGUACCUCAGGGCCUUCCAUGGACACAGUCUCAGCAGCCAGUCUCCCCUGGACCCCAGGGAGUGCCCAGCUGGGCAGAGUGGGCAACAGUGCCCAGGGCCCACGCUCCGUCUCUGUGUCAGCCCUGCCCGCCUCAGACUCCCCAGCCCCUGGCCUCAGCGAGGGCCUCUCGGACGCCUGUAUCCCCCUGCACACCAGCGGCCGGCUGCCCCCCCGGGCCCUGCACAGCUUCAUCACCCCUCCUGCCACACCCCAGCUGCGGCGACACGCCAAGCUGAAGCCGCCGAGGACGCCCCCUCCUCCCAGCCGCAAGGUCUUCCAGCUGCUGCCCAGCUUCCCCACACUCACCCGGAGCAAGUCCCAUGAGUCUCAGCUGGGGAACCGCAUCGACGAGGUCUCCCCGAUGAGGUUUGAUCUCCUGCAUGGAUCCCCACAGAUGGUACGAAGGGACAUUGGGCUCUCAGUGACACACAGGUUCUCCACCAAGUCCUGGCUGUCACAGGUCUGCCAAGUGUGCCAGAAGAGCAUGAUGUUCGGAGUGAAGUGCAAACAUUGCAGGUUGAAGUGUCACAACAAGUGUACGAAAGAAGCCCCUGCCUGUAGAAUAUCCUUCCUUCCACGUUUCCCCACUUUUCAAACAGUAACUAGGCUGCGGAGGACGGAAUCAGUCCCCUCGGACAUCAACAACCCAGUGGACAGAGCAGCUGAACCCCAUUUCGGAACUCUCCCCAAAGCACUGACAAAGAAGGAGCAUCCUCCAGCCAUGAACCACCUGGACUCCAGCAGCAAUCCCUCCUCCACCACGUCCUCCACGCCCUCCUCACCAGCACCCUUCCCGACGUCAUCCAACCCCUCCAGUGCCACCACGCCCCCCAACCCCUCGCCUGGCCAGCGGGACAGCCGGUUCAACUUCCCAGACAUUGCAGCCUCUCCGCAGGCAGCCCCGCUCCCCGAUGCAGCCGACAGCACGCGGCUCGACGACCAGCCAAAAGCAGAUGUGUUGGAGGGUCAGGAAGUGGAGGCUGAGGAGCCGGAGGCUGGCAAGUCAGAGGCAGAAGACGAUGAGGAUGAGGUGGAUGAUUUGCCGAGCUCCCGCCGGCCCUGGCGGGGCCCCAUCUCCCGCAAGGCCAGCCAGACCAGUGUGUACCUGCAGGAGUGGGACAUCCCCUUUGAGCAGGUAGAGCUGGGUGAGCCCAUUGGGCAGGGCCGCUGGGGUCGGGUGCACCGCGGCCGCUGGCACGGCGAGGUGGCCAUUCGCCUGCUAGAGAUGGACGGCCACAACCAGGACCACCUGAAGCUAUUCAAGAAAGAGGUGAUGAACUACCGGCAGACGCGGCACGAGAACGUGGUGCUCUUCAUGGGGGCCUGCAUGAACCCUCCCCACCUGGCCAUCAUCACCAGCUUCUGCAAGGGACGGACAUUGCACUCGUUUGUGAGGGACCCCAAGACAUCUCUGGACAUCAACAAGACGAGGCAGAUUGCUCAGGAGAUCAUCAAGGGCAUGGGGUACCUUCACGCCAAGGGCAUCGUGCACAAAGAUCUCAAAUCUAAGAACGUCUUUUACGACAAUGGCAAAGUGGUCAUCACAGACUUUGGGCUAUUUGGGAUCUCGGGUGUGGUCCGAGAAGGACGGCGUGAGAACCAGCUAAAGUUGUCACAUGACUGGCUGUGCUACCUGGCCCCUGAGAUCGUGCGUGAGAUGACCCCUGGGAAGGAUGAGGAUCAGCUGCCCUUCUCCAAAGCUGCCGAUGUCUACGCAUUUGGGACUGUGUGGUAUGAGCUCCAAGCAAGAGACUGGCCCUUUAAGAACCAAGCUGCAGAGGCCUUGAUCUGGCAGAUUGGAAGCGGGGAAGGAAUGAAGCAUGUCCUGGCCUCCGUCAGCCUGGGGAAGGAAGUCACCGAGAUCCUGUCUGCCUGCUGGGCUUUUGACCUGCAGGAGAGGCCCAGCUUCAGCCUGCUGAUGGACAUGCUGGAGAAGCUGCCCAAGUUGAACCGGCGGCUCUCCCACCCUGGGCACUUCUGGAAAUCAGCUGACAUUAACAGCAGCAAAGUUGUACCCCGGUUUGAAAGGUUUGGUUUGGGCAUCCUGGAAUCCAGUAAUCCAAAGAUGUAGCCAGCUGUGCAGUUUUUCCGCUGCUGAUUUCCUUUCUAAAUGUGUUUCUAAAACACCCAAACCACCACCACGACAAAAACCACUCUGCCUGCCCAGCGCUGCAAACCAAGAGCACGAGUCCUCGAUUCAGACUGUUCAUCCACAAACACUUGGGUCCUGGAGUUGGAACUGCACCUGCUGUUUCUUAAAAUGACACCAACAACCAAACCUGUCCCAACAGCAAAUGUUUACAUGUAUGUUUCUGCUGAGUGAACUUGAUGUUUUACAAUAGGUAAUAAUAAAACAGUCCAUGCAUAGGUGUGCUGGCACUGUGGCCAGAAUGGUGGAGGUGGCCGUCCCCCUCUGGAGGACCCUGUAGGCAGUGAGGGGCCCAAGCUGGGCCGGGAAGGAAGAGGAAGUAUUGUGAUUGUGGCUGCUCUUGGGAUAGGGUUGGGGCCUGCAAGGUUUGACCCAGCCUCUGCUUUAACCCCAAACCCUGUCAGUGGGGAAUCUCACUAUAAAGUUUUCCUCUUGUCCUAUCAAAGGACUGCUGUCCCUUCCUGUCUUGUAGAACAAACCCUGGAUGGGAACCGAGCUGGAUUAUGGUGGUUGGCAGUUCCUGGGGAUCUUGGACCCCUGCAAUCCAGCCUAUUCCUGCAGGAAAAGUAGAGGCAGAAUCCACAUAGCAUCUGGGCUGAUCCAGUUGUUCCUAGCCACGGUUUCUGCUGCAGGAUAAGGAAACAUCCACAUGCUGGUAAAGAUGUUUCUUUCAUGAGCCUCCCAGGCAGGCACCAAGGCGACAGGACUCAGGGUCUUGACAUUUGGAUGCAUCUCAUCCUGGCUGACAUCUGACCCAAGAGCUAAGUAAGGGCCAGCCCGGCAGCUGCACAUACUGGGAGGGCGUGGUGAGUGAGAGCAAGGGGGAGGCAGGGGGACCUAAGCAGCAGCAGGUACUUGAGCUCCCCUUCUCAGCCACAGGGUGACCCUGGCGCUUUAGAAACCCAUCAUCAGGGCUAGAAGGCUCUAGAACUGCUUAUUUCUCUGGUUCUAUUGAACCCCUUAGCCCAUUCCUGACUCCUCUGUCCAUGCUCUGAGCUUAGGUGGGGGCAUGUGGCCCGUCACCCCUUUCGUUUAGACCCACCUAGCAAGUCCUCAUGUGUAGAGCCUUCCCCGGUACUGUGAGGCCUUCUACAUAUGUCCAUUUGAGCUAGGGAAGGGGCUGGGGUUGGGAAAGUCCUUGAUAUGAGAACACCACGCCUGUCUUCAUUAGAAACUGUCACCUAGAGAGAGAAGAAAGUUAAGCCCUUAAGUGGAGGUUCAGUUGUGUUUGGCUCCAAAAUCAGGAAGGAAAAAGGGUCAUGGGAGUGGAGGUACGAUUGGAUUCAGGCCCAGAACCUGUGACGACGAUCUGAGCUCGGAUGGUGGGGGCGUGGGGUGAGCAGGUGGUUCCCAGCAAUUUCAGUUAGAGCCACCUAGCAAAGCCCCUACUUCAGAGCCUUCCCUAUCACCAGAGUCUGGUUGCACUGUCACAUCAAACAGGCCACUCUGCCGAAAAGCUGUGGGGCUGCCUCCUGCUAUCCGGAUCAGGCACUCCUGGGCCAAGCCCGCCCUGGGGAGUGUGCUGUAAGCAGCGCAGGUGUGCCCGGGACAUCAGUGUGUCAGCCCUUCCCAGUCAGAGCUCAGGAGGAGGAAAGAGGGGCUGAAGCCAGGUGGGCUCGGCUCAGUGGGAGCCUUUUCCCCUCUGUGGCGGGACUGCUAUUUUGCCCUCUUAAUCCUUUUGGCCUCCCACAUGCCUGCGCCUUCCCAGAGGCCGCAGUGUGUGUGUGUUCAGCCUCCACCUUUCCACUGUGACCCCGGCCUUCCCUCAGGCGGGAGCAGAAAGGGACGUUGGUGAGCCUGCGGCUGGGAAGUCAGGCUGGGCUCCCCCCGCCCCUGCCUCCAGGCCACAGGGGGCGUCGUGGCCCACAGGAAGUCAGUCUGGGCUUUGCUUUUCCUCGUGAGGGUCACGGUGUAAGAAGCUCUCAUUGAGCACCUAUGGUAUAUCUGGUCUUGCACAAGUGCUGGGGACCCAGAGAUAGGAGCAGUCACAGUUCCACCCUUAUGAAACUGACAUCUGGUGGGGGCCUGAUAUUUGUCAGGAAUGCAGAAGCCACUCGGCCCCGAGGGUGGAGCUGAGGUAUUGGGCCUCGGCUCUUGGCCUCUGCACGCCUGUCAGCUGAGAUAAUCCUCUGUGAUGGUCCCCCUUCCCUUUUUUUUACUUCGGUGACUGUGAAUUGAGGUUAGGAGAUAGGCUUGCCCUUCUGUGUGCCCUCCCUGUCUGUCUUGGAAACACAUGAAGGAUGACAGAUACUGUGAAUUCAGCCCUUGUGGCUGACUGUGAACAGGACGGAGAAGGCUGGGAGGACCUUGGUGAGAGCUGUCGGGGGCUGCAGGGGUCCCCACCAGGGUCUGAGAGUGGAACCCAAACAUUGGCCCCUAAGGCACCCCCAGUCCCCCCUCUCACCUCCCGAGCCCUGCCUCCUGUCACCACCAGGGCUUCAGCUCCCUGUGUUUCUGCCUGCCUCGAGGUUUUGACUCCCAGCUAGUUCUGGGUUAGUCGGGAGCAAUGUGUAACAAAGAUGACCUCUCUGUGUCACCAAGUCAAAACGCCCUUUGCCAUCUCACGGCAUUUCUUCUCUUGUUUGCAGAGGUGAGCCCUGUAAGCCUGUGUUAGUCUGUAUUGGGGAUGGGGCUGGGGGUGGACAGAGACGUAAAUGUGAGGCCGGCCAGGGAGCUCGCACCGCGCUGCACAGGUAGCCAGGAUCUCAUUGGUGUGUGCAAACCCAGAGUUCUCCAUGGCCAUGAGGCAUACACUUGCUUUUUUUGAAUGUGAUGUAAAAUUUGUACAGUAAAAGUUUUUAUAUUUUCUAUCAACUGCGUUUGUCUUCCAGAAAUGCUAUUAAUUUAAAUUAAAAUGGUUAGUAUUAACAAACAUGCUAUAUUAUUGUCUGCUUUUUUGGCCACUGACAAGAACAUGCCUUCUGUGCUGAGCCAGGCCUGGCUGGCUGGAGUUUAUAAAUAAAUUUAUGUCAGGGUG